UGUGAGUUGGCGCACUCACAGGCCCAUUGAGCCUAAAACUAUGAACCCUGAAGAGCAGACUGUUACGUGGCUAAUAACAUUAGGCGUGCUUAAUUCACCCAAAAAGAAUAUCGCUGACCCGGAGGAAUUUCUGAAAACCUCUCUCAAAGAUGGGGUCGUCCUGUGUAAGCUUAUGGAACGAGUGCAUCCUGGAGCCAUCGUAAAGUACUCAACUGAACCUAGAUGCGAAGCGGACUGCCUCGCAAACAUUCGAGAGUUUCUAAAAGGAUGCCAGUCUCUAAAGGUUGAGGGCUUUGAUGCAGAAAGCUUAUAUACUGGGGAGAACUUCAACAAGGUUCUGUCAACACUCUCAGCAAUAAACAUCGCCACUCAAGAUCGUACCCCUAAUAGAUCAUGUCCUCAGUCCAGUGGCUCUGCAUCUAGCCUGUCAGCCCCUUCACAAGCUGCUCCCACAUUAAAGUCCAGCAGGUCUUUACGGAGGCAGUCAAAAGCUUUGGAUAUGUCGGAGAAUGGAGGGGGCGGGCAUCUGGUUGUCAAGGCACGAUUUAAUUUCAAGCAGAACAAUGAGGACGAGCUGUCUUUCAGCAAGGGUGAGCUGAUCCAGGUCACACGCCAGGAGGACGGUGGAUGGUGGGAGGGAACCCUUAACGGCAAAACCGGCUGGUUCCCUAGCAAUUACGUCCGAGAGGUCAAGCCAUGUGAGAAGCCAAUUUCUCUGAAAGCAAUAAAAGGACUUGACGUUCCUCAGCUGACUAAAAAUUAUUACAAUGUGGUGGUGCAAGACAUCUUGGAGCAUGAGAGAGAAUUUGUUAAGGAACUGCAGACGGUCCUGGGCUGCUACCUGCGCCCUCUACAGACCAGCGACAAGCUGUCUAGUGCGGACUGCUCCAGUCUGAAUGGGAAUUUAGAGGACAUCCUCUCGUUCCAACAGGGACUGUGUCUUGCCUUAGAGGAGUGCUCCAAGAUGCCAGAGGUCCUGCAGCGGAUUGGUGCCUGUUAUCUGAACCUGAUGUGUCAGAUCAGAACGCUGUACUUGUCCUACUGCUCCAGCCAUCCUUCUGCAGUCUGUGUGCUGACUGAUCACAGUGAGGAGCUGGACAAGUUCAUGGAGAGUCAUGGAGCCAGUGCUCCUGGUAUCCUGACCCUCACCACCAGCCUGAGCAGACCCUUCAUGAGGCUCGAUAAGUACCCCACCCUCCUGCAGGAGCUUGAGCGACAUGUGGAGGAGGCGCAUCCAGAUUACAGUGACAUUCUCAAAGCAACAGUGGCUUUUAAAAAUCUUGUGACUCAGUGUCAAGAUUUGCGUAAAAGAAAGAACUUGGAGUUACAGAUCUUGUCGGAGCCAGUGCGGGGCUGGGAGGGCGACAGCAUGAAGUCACUGGGUCAGGUGGUCUACACGUCACAGGUCCACAUCCAGAGCAGUUUAAAUGAGGAAAAGGAAGAGCGGUACUUCAUGCUGUUUCCCAAUGUGGUAGUCAUGCUGUCCGCCAGCCCAAGAAUGAGUGGUUUUAUUUACCAAGGACGUCUCCCAUUGACUGGAACCACUGUAACCAAACUGCCAGAGGAUGCAGAGACAGGCCAUUAUGCUUUCGAGUUCACAGGGGGGACGAUAGAUCGCACCACAGUGUUCUGCAGUAGUGCACAGGAGCAGCUGGAGUGGUUAGAACAUCUUCAUGCUUACACCAAGGAAGGGAGUCCAGUCGGAACAAUAAUAAAGAGUGUUGAUGGUAAACCUACAACCAUGACUAGCACGUCGUCCCACCACUUGCACAGUUUCGGUACUGCUGUGGCUAACCGAGGACCCCUCGAACCCCUCAAGAUCACCAAGCCAUGGUCCUUAAGCUGUCUGAGACCUGCGCCUCCCCUUAAGCCAUCUGCUGCCCUCGGUUAUAAAGAGAGGAUGUCUUAUAUCCUGAAGGACACUAGUAAAAGCCCCAGAACCAGACCCAAGUUCCUUCCAAAGAGAAAAACGGAGAGAAAAGCAUCAGAUGAUGAUGCCCUGCUUAGAAAAAGCACAGCGGCGCUAGAGGAGGAUGCCCAGAUACUCAAAGUGAUUGAGGCCUACUGCACUGGAGCCAGUCUCCACCAAUCCACCACAGCUGUUCGUAAGGAGUGCAUCCCCCAGGUCCUGCUUCCAGAAGAAGAGAAGAUUAUUGUUGAGGAGGUCAAGAGCAAUGGCCAGACGAUCAUUGAGGAAAAAAGUCUUGUUGAUGCCGUUUACGCUCUAAAAGAUGAAGUCCAUGAAUUAAAAAAGGAGAAUAAAUGGAUGAAGCAGUGUCUGGAAGAGGAACAGAAGUCCCGUAAGGAGUUAGAGCGUAUAGUCAGAAAGUUGGCCAAGCAGAAGAAUGACUGUUCCUGGGAUGAUGGAGGUCACUAAAGAACACUCGCCAGCUGCAUGUAUGUGUUUCUGUGUCUGUGUGUCCUCACAAAUGUGUUUUUUAUGUGUUUUUCCAUCACAUUACAUACUGAACGUUGUUUUUGGAAAGUCACCAUGCUGGGAAUUUUCAGCCAUUUCUCAUCAAAUGUUUUUUUUUUUUUUUGGACAAGAUGCAAUGAGAAUAUCAACUCUGAUUAGUGACUGUGUUUUUCUCGCCAUGCUGAAGAAUAUCCCCGUGCGGUCUGCUUCACGCUCCUGUGGUGUGACAUUCUGAGAACAAAACAGGAACUGUUCUGGAAGACCAAGUGAACUGCUUCUUAAGUAUUUUGUGAUUUGCAUAAAACCUGUCCAUUUUUCGUCUGGUUCACUCAAGCGCUCCAAGAAGAAGCAUCACAGAAAAGAUGAUGGAAUCUCUUGUUUUUCGAACUGAACAAAUAUCUGCCUCACUUUAUGACAGUUACUGGUCAUGGACAAAAUAAAUUCAAUGACAUUCAGCCCCACAAACAGCAUUCCAACUCAAGCCACUAUUGCACAAGUAAAAAAAGUAUUCUGUUAAUGGCGUAAGAGAAGAUAUUUGUGGCUGAACAUUGCAGGACUCCACCGUAUCCACAAGUAUUGUUCUUUUCAGUCCUUUUUCUGUUUUAAAAUGUGAAAACGGUUGCUCAAGGUACCUUUUAGGUCACAAAUGAACAAGAUUGAGAUUUGUAGUUUGCACCUGAUUGCCAUGCUUUUUCUUUUUAGUUUGAGUUUCAUCUCCAUGGGUACACGGUAUUUCUAAAACAGCCGUUAUGUUACAUAAUCAUGCUUCUGAUAAUCAUCACUAGUUUAAAGCUAUCAGGGAUAUAGAUGUCAGAAAUAGUCGAGUUUAUAAUACGAUACAUCAUAUAAUGUAUGUAUAUCAUAUAUACAGUAUAAAUAUGUAUAUAUCAUAGAUGUUAUGGCAAAAGGAACCAUUUAAACUUUUUUUCAUGAUGACAAAACUCCAUUAGGAAAUGUGAUCCUUCUUUUUCAGAGGUUUGAAACUAUUUCAUAUGACUAUUUCACAAAAAUCCAGUAUGUUUGUGGUUUUGGUACUAGGAGCACUUUUAGGACUCGUAAACCAAGUGUUUGUAGAAGCAUACAGUAUACAAUACAAUUCUUUCCAGCAAACUGCUCCCCAUCAGCAAUAGAGCAUAGGGUUGCACCAAACGUCAUUUUUGACAGGAAUGAAAUUGAGGUUUUGAGGGAUAGAAGUAUAGCACAUUCAGUGGAUUGUACAGUGGCUUAACAACAUACCGAUUGUUCAGCUUACAGUAGUUUGAAUGUUGUGAAAUUAUGACCUAGGUCCUUAAUACAGCGGAUACCAUGGGAAAGACUGUACAUCUAUCCCUCACAGCCUAGUUUUCAUAUACCUGACUAAAGUCUGUUGCACUGGAGGUGCUUUUUCUUACUCAUUUGUACUCUGCGUGAUACAUAUUUUCUUCUUGAACACUUGACAUUUUAACUGUUGCAAGUUAAAUCAAAUGAAAAAGUCAUUACACAGACAGUUACACAAUUACACUGUGUCUGCAGCGCUUAACCUUUCUUUCUUAACUAAUCGUUACCGAUCAUAACCGUGACUAAUGUUUUCAUUCGCUGUGGAUCAGAAAUGUGAUCUCUAUCUUAAGCAGUGAAGAAAUGCAUGCAUUUUUUUUUUUUAUCUCACCAGCAGACACCUCCGGAGCAUUGCUGUGGCAAUACAAUGCAAUAUGGAACUGGUUUGUUGUUACUAUGCAAGAGCCAGUUUUUCUCUUGGAAGGAGUAUACUGUAUAAUAUAUUCUUCCGAUUAGGCAAUAAGAUGUGCUCUGAGGUACAAAUAUAACGCUGUCACUGACUGUGGUACUAUGUGAAAAUCUGUUUCUUGUUUGUGUGCGUGUAAUUAACCUUGCAUGCCAUUGUGUUACACAUAGCCUUAAAUAUUAUUUCAAAGUCUUAACCCUGAUUCUAUUGUUGUUGUUGUCUUGAAAUUUUAAAACAUCGGUCUAAAAUUUGAGCCUCUGCAUUGGUAAAUGUGAUAUUUCUGAUGGUCUGUUUAUGUGUUAUUUGAAAGAGAGACUGAUUUGAUCAGUAGGUUAUGCAAGUAUGUAUAGUACCAUGUGGAAACAUGUUGUUUGUUAAAGAUGGCUACUGAUCUCACUGAAAGGAAAUUCACUUUUUUUUCUCCUAAUGAAUAGCAUUCAUCAUAAAAAUGAAUCGCACUUUCAGGUGAUCAUAAGGGUUGAAGAAUGUCCACAUUAGUUUCCUCUUAAAAGUGCCCAUGUCUGCAGAACAAAAGAUAUGUUUUAUUUUUUGCGAAGCUGACCUAUGCAAUAUAAAAGCUAUAUAUAUAAUUUUAUUGUUGUUUUUUCCACUAGUGCUUAUGUUUUUAUUUUGUCCUCAUUUCAAUAAGGAAUUGUUUUAAUAAAAUAACAUCAUGUUAAUAA